AUGCCCCCCGGUGGACUACCAGCUAGCCUGGUCGCAGGCAAUCCCAGUGGCCGUCCUACCGUCGACACCUCUGGCUAUGGGACUAACUAUAGCAAAAAUACACCCACCUCUCCCGAAGACAGCUUGAUUCCUCCGUUUGAAUCACCGUCAACACGAACGGCAGGCCCGAUUACACCAGUCGAAGAAGGGCGCUCAAGUCGUGGACUGGGACCCGACCAGGCCGGAUAUCGCGAUCGCUCGGCCCCCCGAGAUCGAUCACGAGUGAAUGGGCGUCAAACCAAGUCACCAGGUGGCUCGUCGCGCUUGUGUCAAAAGUGCGGUGAAUCUCUCACCGGCCAGUUCGUUCGAGCGCUGGGCGGUACUUUCCAUUUAGAGUGUUUUAAGUGCGAAGACUGCGGCGAAAUUGUUGCUUCCAAGUUUUUCCCCAUCGAUUCCGAAGAUGCAAACUGCCAAUUUCCGCUUUGCGAGACCGAUUACUUUAGACGACUGGGCCUAUUAUGCCACGAUUGCGGUGGCGCACUGCGUGGAUCAUACAUCACUGCGUUAGAUCGGAAGUACCAUAUAGAGCACUUCACCUGUUCCGUUUGUCCGACCGUAUUCGGUGCCCAGGACUCAUAUUACGAACAUGAGAGCAAGGUCUACUGUCAUUUUCAUUACUCUACCCAAUUUGCACAGCGGUGCCAUGGGUGUCAUACCGCGAUUCUGAAACAGUUCGUUGAGAUCUUCCGCAAUGGUCAAAAUCAACACUGGCACCCCGAAUGUUAUAUGAUCCAUAAAUUCUGGAACGUCCGAUUAUCCCCGGCGGGUCAAACAUGGGAGCCACCGCCAGUGGAUGAGGACGCCAGUGAGGAAGAACGCAAGCAGAUUCGUGACGAGGAAGACAUUAUGGAAGAGAAAGUAUUCAACAUCUGGAACACCCUCUCCACCUUCGAGGAAUCUUCCGCUGCGUGUAUCUCUGAUAUGCUGCUUCAUGUCAGCAAUGGGGCUUACAUUGACGGUGUUUUGGUCGCCAAACGCUUCAUCGGUCAUGUGGAAAUUCUCUUUGGUGCAGUUGAUCAACUAGCAAAUUAUAUUAAAUCCCACGAGCUAAAAGGUGAGUUUUGCACGGGUGGCUUUGUUUCAUCCGGGCUAGAAGCUAAUGGUUCCCCCACAGAACUCUCCUAUGGCCGUGAAGCCAAACUGCUUUGCAAGAAAAUUGUUGCCUUCUUUGCGUUGUUGUCCAAGACUCAAGAGACAGGUGUGCGCAAACUCGGCGUAACCCAGGAGCUUCUGUCUCUCGUGACGGGUCUUGCGCAUUACCUCAAACUCCUGAUCCGCAUCGGUCUACAAGGUGCACUCAAACUCGAACGAGAGAAGUCUGCGCCUGACGGUUUACAUAACUUCCUGGAGCAUCUGCGUGAUCUAGAGUCACUUGCGGAGAUAGAAGAUGAGAACGCUCCGCUCGACCUCAUGGCCGGAGUGGAGGGCCUGGCAGAUCAACUCUCAGAUUGCUGUAUCUCAUGCAAAGAGCCAAUUGACGAUGAGUGUGUUCUGCUUGGGCAGAGCCGCUGGCACACUAAGCCACCCCAUCUAUCAUGCACUGUGUGCGAGAAGGACUUGACCACUGAUCUUCAAGACGCACUCUGGAGCGAGAGCGAAGAGAAAGCCUAUUGUGAUGACUGCGCUCAUCAGCAAAACCUUGGCUCUGCCGUUCAGGGCGGUUUUGUCCCAGUUUCAAAGCUGCAGCAAUUCAUUUUCCUGCUCAAGGUGGCACUCGCACGGCUCCUCGCCGUACUCCGUUCCGGAGGAACCUUGCCUCAUUCGUCAGACGAUCCCAAUCUCAAUGAAUAUGCGAACAAGGAUGGCCACCGAGUCAGUCCCGAAGUUCGCCGGGCGAACGCCCGCUCGCAAUCAUAUGGUGGUGCCUCGCGGGAGGGCAUGGAAGAAACAUCACUAGAGCAGACAGUCGGCGAGAUGCGCCGACUGCGCUCAAUCCGCAACGAGCGCACAUUAUCUACAACAUAUAAGAGAGCCCGCGCAUCUAGAAUCAUUGACGGACCAGAAGGCAGAAGUGCUCGGCCUGGGUCGUCUGGCAAUGAUGGCAGUGAUCCAAGGGGCCCUGGCUUCCAAAUUGUUGAGGAAAGGGAUGCCAACGGGGAGACUCGCACUGAUCUGACGUUUGGCACCCAGGAUGCCCUGACGCUGGAUGACAUCCCGCGAAUUGUUGCGGCUGAACAAGCAAAGGAGCAGCGACCUAACGCCUUCAGGCAUGCUGGACACAAGCUCGUCGGCGGAUCCGAGCCAAUGCUCAAAUACAAUCGCGGCCAUCAGCGCGAAGUAUCGAGUGGAAACUUGGAGGCACUCAUGGAGCCAACCCGGACCAAGCGAUACUUUUCAGAACUCACUGCUUUGGAAUACUUCAUCGUCCGCCACGUUGCCGUCGUACAGAUGGCACCCUUGGUGGAAGGCUUUUUCAACAUGGAAGAGCUGCUGUCUCUGAUUGAGUCCCGGAAACCCACGAUAUGGAACAUAUUUGGGCGUGCAUUCAAAGAUAACAAGAAGGGCGCCAAAAAGAAGGGUGUGUUUGGUGUCGAAUUGAACUACCUAGUUGAGAAGGAGGGUACAGAGUCAAGCCACGGCGUUUGUCCGGGUGCGCUCCGUAUCCCGACCUUAGUCGACGACGCUGUCUCAGCCAUGCGACAGAUGGACAUGUCUGUGGAGGGUGUUUUCCGAAAGAAUGGCAACAUCAGGCGAUUGAAGGAUACAUCGGAGCUCAUCGAUACCAAGUAUGAAUCUGUGGAUUUAACGAAGGAAACUCCCGUGCAGAUUGCAGCUCUUUUGAAGAAGUUCCUCCGCGAGAUGCCUGAUCCACUCUUGACUUUCAAGCUCCACAAAUUGUUUGUCAUUUCUCAAAAACUUGAGGACCCUGAGAAGCAAAGACGAUUGUUGCAUUUGACAUGCUGCUUGCUUCCUAAAGCUCACCGUGACACGAUGGAAGUUCUAUUUGCGUUCUUGAAUUGGACGUCGUCAUUCUCACAUGUCGAUGAGGACUCUGGAAGCAAGAUGGACAUUCACAAUCUUGCCACUGUUGUGACACCUAACAUUCUUUACCCGAACGCCAAAAACAGCACCGUGGAAGAGAGCUUCUUGUCUAUCGAGGCUGUAAAUGCCCUUAUCACGUAUAAUGAUGCUCUGUGCGAGAUUCCGGAAGACCUCCAAUCAAUUAUGAGUGAUCCAACUCUAUUCAAGGAGAAUUCCGAACCAACGACGAAGGAAAUCCUCAAACGCUAUGGUGAUAUUACUCGGGGGAGUUUCUCACAGGGGCCAGAGAACGGUGGCGAAACAUUCACAAUCACAACUCCCAAUCGAAACAACAGCACACCGGCCUCUGCACGCAUCGAGACCGAUCCCACGCAGGACGCAGCCUGGCAAAUGCAAAGUUCGGUUCGCCACGUACCAGGACCCAGUGGACACGCUCACUCGUCCAGUGCCAAUGCUCAAGCUGGACUAGACUUGGUUCCUCCUCCCAAAGCGUACCCCCGCAACCGCAGCACCAGCAAUGGCAGCCAGCCAAAUGCCGGGACCCCCGAAGGCCAGUCACAAAAUGUGGCAUAUCGGCCACGUCCGAGUCCAGGUGCUAUGGGCGUAACUGGAUAG